AUGACUCCACUGGAUCCAAAAUUUGACCUUCGAGGAAUUGGUGCAGAAGUCAAUAGCCUUCACUUUCACUGCAGAGUUCAUAAAGCAUGUCCACCCCUUCUUUUCUCUGGGUCAUCCAGUGGGUUAAUUCAUGUUUGGAAUGUAAAUACACGAAGAACAGACGCUGUACUAAAUGGACAUGAUGGCAAAUCAGUUUACUGGAUUCAUACUCUUCCCAGCAAAGACUGUCUGAUGAGCCAGGGUCGUGAUCUGCAGAUACACACUUGGAAUUUGGCAGAAGGAAGGAAUGAAGUUACUGACUCUAUUGCUGUGGAUAGUGUUGGUUUUUGCAAGUGCUCAUUUUUAAAUAAUGAGAAUUGUUUACUAGCAAUGCCAGGAAAAGAAAGCUCACAGGUUCAGGUUAUCGACCUGGCAUCCAAAAAAAUAAUAGGCUGCAUGGACCCAGUUGCAGACAAGUGUGGAAUGGUGAUGUGCAUUAAACUGUGGCAGCCCAAGUCAGGGUCCAGUCCCUUGUUGAUUGUUGGAUAUGAAGAUGGUUCUGUUGUCCUCUGGAAUGUCCUUGAACAAAAAUUAAUGAGCAGAAUUAUGUGCCACAAGGAACCUAUUAUGAGCCUUGACUUUGACUUCAUGAAUUCCAAGGGGUAUCGGGAUCCUCUGAAAAAACACUGAGUGUUUGGGCUCUUGACGAGCAGCAGAACCUCAAGACCUGUAAAGCCCAGGAAAUCAUCAAUCCAGGCAUUGCUGAUGUCGCAUUGAGGCAAGACAGGAAGAUCCUGGCAACUGCAGGUUGGGACUUCCGCGUUCGCAUUUUUGGAUGGAAGAAGAUGAAGCCAUUAGCUGUUCUCCAGUACCAUUCAGCAAGUGUGCACUGUGUGGCUUUUUCAGACCAUAUUAUACCUGAAGAACGACUGCUGGCUGCUGGAUCAAAAGAUCAUCGUAUUAGUAUAUGGUCAAUAUAUUCAGAAACAUAG